GCUGUCAGGGCUUUCCAUGGUAAUCUGAUCAUAGACUAAUGAAUAUUUGCAAGUAUGUGGCUAGUCCUUCAAGCCUAUGCAGCAAUCUUUAUCUUGGGCAACCUGAUGGCUUCUCAAUCACUUGCACAAAGUUUGAAAGGAACCGUCAACAUCACAAUAGUCAAUUUCAAUGGUGAACUGAUGCAGAUCACAUGGGCAGCUAAAGACUAUUACCCUGACAGGAAUGUGACUUUUUUUUACAGUUUUGACACACAUUCUCAAAACAGAGUUUGGAAGCUAUGUGCCAACUAUAUACUUGAUCAAGGCUACAAUUCUGGCUGUUUCUUCAAGACGGAGGGAAAGACUCUUACCAUGUCUAUUAAGGAUAAGAGUGGAAGUAAAGAGCUUUUCAACCGAUCAUUAAAAACUGAUUUCUACAUAAAACCUAACCCACCUGAAAAUGUAACUUUCCACUGGCAAGGAGAUACACUUACUGUUGGAUGUAGUAAACCAAAGACAAAAACAAAGUGCCUGAAGCUUGAACUUCAGUAUAAAAGCGAAUAUGACAAAGAAUGGCAGUCUAGAAAAUCUGUCUGUUGCGAAGUUAAAGAGCAAGGGUUUGAUCCUGAAAAGUGCUAUUCCUUCCGUGUCAGAUUGGAAAGACGUACACCAAUUUGCAAUGUCGUUCCUUAUAGCAGCGAAUGGGGAGAGGUAACAGUUUGGAGAAAUGGCAGCUUAAUAGAUUCAUGUGCUGAUGAUAUAAAGCCUCUGGCAAACCAUGCGAUCCUUUUAAUUUCUGUGCUGGCAGUCCUUUUAGUAAUAGUCUUCCUUCUGAUUUUUGUGUGCAAAUGGCAAAGAUUUCAGAAGUCAAUCAUGCCUAUUAUACCAGACCCAAAGCAUAUAUUUUCUGAUCUCUUUAACGAUCAUAAUGGAAACUUCCAGGAAUGGAUUCAUGAAACUGACAAUGCAAUGGCCCAAACAAAGAUGGAGUGUAUAGAACAUGAGUGCAUCAUUGAGGAAAGAACUGAGCAGGAAGAUGUGAAGGAAGCUAGCGAAAAGCUUUAUGAAUUGUCAAACAUGAACAAAAGAGAUUUUCUGAAUUCUGUUCAUAACACUUGCCUGCAACCACCAGCCAGUGAGACGGUUUCUUUUGGGAGUUUAAAUUUUUUUAUGAAUGAAGACAUGUACGUCAUCUUAUGAAAAUAUGUGCUGCAGUAGGAACAGAUGGUGUUGGGGUAAAGGUACAGAGGACCCUGAUGAGUUUAAAGGAGCAUCUGAAUACAGUGAAAAGUUAUGAUGAGGCUUGCCUAGCAUAACAUAGAACACACUCCAAUCUGGAUUGCAAUUUUCCCAGAAUUUAGGGACAACCUAUGCAAGCCCAUUAGAGAAAAAAGAAGGCAUGACAAUUCAGGUGUCUUUAGAUUUGGGGUUCUAAUUUAGGCCCAUCUCUAAGGCUAAACCAAGCCCCAUCAUGCGUAGUAUGGACAUGAGAUUCCAAAGAGCCCUUCUCAUUCACUGCAUACCUUCUAGGAGCUGAGCAUAAACCCAGGCCUUGUUCUCAGGGAGUGCACUGACUGUGUUC